AUGGUUUCCACACACAUUACCAAGAAUCCCGUCUUUGAAGCCCUCGCCAUCAUACAAGCGGGCAUCGACAAAUUCCCCAACCCCGGCGAUAAUCUUGACUUCAUCCAAUGUCGCAGCUUGGUUAGACGUGGCGCAUAUCAGUGUCAAAAAAGUGGCUGUAAACAGAAUGAGAGGCAAAGGCUUGCGAGCUUGUACUCUGAGUUUCAGAACAUGACGGAAUGUCUUGACACGCAUAGCUUCUACGAAGAUAUGGAGUACUUCAUUACCUACACGCACUGCUCGAAGCAUCGCGAAGCUGUUUAUGAAGCAUUCAAGAAGUGGAAGGAUCAGAGAUUGGCCGCCCCUCCCAGUCCACAGCUGGCAUGUCCCGGAGCGUAUCCAACAGCUUAUCUACCGGAAUCUCCAUUGGAAUCUCCGGUUUCAUCGGUCGAUGCCAUUUUCUCCCCAGCCAUCUCUCAAAGUAGCGAUGAGAUGUUCCACACCCCUUUCUGCGAUGAGCCAGACGCAUACUGUGCGCCAGAAGACGACGACGACCCUCUGAUGACGGGUAUUGUCGCCCAAAUGGGGGCUAUCAAAAUCGACAUACCAACCCAGGUAGACUCUACGGCAAUCAAGAAGACGCGCAAGCGAAAGGGGGAAAUCAGCAUCCCCGGUCUCGGUAUCGGCGGUACUAAACGCGCCCUCUCAUUAACUGAUCACACACUGGUGCUGAGGGCAUUUUAUGACCCUCCCAGCGAUACAGCCAUGCAGGAAGGUUCUAUCUACGUCCUCGAGCAUCUCCUCGCCCCUGGCUUUUUCAAGAUCGGAGUCACGGGUAAAGACGUGGUGGAUAGGGUAGACGAACAGGCGUGUCUCCGGGAGAACGCAAAAAUGAUUUACGAAACCAAAACAAAGUUCCGAGGGGCAAGGAAGGCAGAGAAGCUUGUACACAGGGAGCUUCAUAAUUACCAAUUCCUCGUCGAUGUAUGCGAAAAAUGCGGUGGUGGCCAUAUAGAGUUGUUCAAAGCUCCCAAGGAAAAGAUAUUCGAAACUAUUGAGAAAAUCGAACGCGUUGUCCAGAUGCCCGCGUACUUUCGACAGGGGGGAAAUUGGAAGCUGACUGAAGAGGCAAAGAUAUUACUUGCAACCAUAUAUGGGCCUUUGGCAAGAGACUGGCGCGAAGUCCUGGGAGAGGGAAAAGGAGCCGGAAGGGCUCGGGAUGUGAUACCAGAGACCAUGCCACAGCAAAGAUUGCCGCCGACGCCGACAGAAGCAGAGACCACACAACAGGAGUCAACCUCGAAAACGUCGACACAAGCAACGGCAAAAGUCCGAGAAACAGAAAUGCCGCCGACCCAAUUACAGGCAGAGGCGGGUGUCAUUACGGAGGAUGACAUUGAAAUAGAGCUCAAGAUGCGCAUAAGACGAAAGUCUGCAAAUCCAGGAGAAGCUGGUCAAACUCAUACUUCGAUAACCUCUCUGGGGCCAGAGUCGGAGCGGACCGCAGGAGGUAUUUGGGGGAGAGGAUUCAGAGCACUGGCUGGCAGAUUCAAAAGGGACGGUAGUGUAGAGUAA